AAAUACAUAGCUUCAGCUUUGUGCUUAUCCAAAAACCAGGGUUCUUUCUUGGGAUUUUCUUGUUUCAAAACAUCUUCAAAGCUUUUACUUACUUACAGACAUGGCGAGUUCACGUCUUCCAAGGUUUAUCAUGGAAGUUGCUCCACCACAGUUUGUUACUGUGAUGAGACAAAGAACAAGGACGAUGUUGGAUACCAUUAAUGAAGAGGAUAAUCUUGAUGGUUCAAAGAGUUUAUCAUCCACCACAAUUCCUGCAGGUGCUACUAUGGCGACUGCUGCUACUGCUGCUUCAUCUUCUUCAGCUACUACUGUGACGGCUCACUCCAAGUAUUUUUCUCAAAGGAGUGUCCAGUUUUUUAAUUUUCAGUAACUAGAAUGAUGGUGUAUUUGAAGAAUAUGUAUCUUCAAUCCCUUUCUUCGUUUCUUUUUUCUUCAACAACUAGCUAAUUAGAUAAGUCCCGGGGGAUUGGCUUGAUGAUCACUGACCAAAACUUUGCUGAGACUUAUAUAUGUGCUGUAAAUGUAAGCCAGAAAUGUUCAUAUUUUCAUAAAUAAGAACAUUACGAAUUUAACACCAAA